GAGAAUACAGGAACGAAAAAUAAGGAGCGCGAGUGGUGGGUGAGCUGUGAGAGCAUCAAAGUUAGUUGGUGGUUCAAACUGAUUCUUACGCUACAGAGAGAAUGAGCGUGGUGCGAAGAGUGUGUUCGAUGUUCCCCCAAGUUGUUGGAUUCAGUAAGAGGAACAUCUCCUUCAAAACCUUGGAUCCUCCAACACCACUCGCCCAUGGAAUCCACGUCUUCUAUUGUCCUGAUGCUGUCGGAAUUGUAGCCAAGCUUUCUGAUUGCAUUGCAUCUAGAGGUGGAAACAUCUUGACUGCCGAUGUUUUUGUACCUGAAAAUAAACAAGUCUUCUACUCUAGAAGUGAUUUUGUUUUUGAUCCUGCUAAAUGGCCACGGGCGCAAAUGGAGGAGGAUUUCCUAAAGCUAUCACAAACAUUCAACGCAAUGCGAUCAGUUGUGAGGGUGCCGGCUCUGGAUCCUAAAUAUAAGAUAGCUGUUCUGGCUUCAAAGCAGGAUCAUUGUCUAGUUGAUUUGUUACAUGGAUGGCAAGAUGGACGACUUCCUGUAGAUAUAACCUGUGUAAUUAGUAACCAUCAUAGAGCUUCAAACACCCAUGUGAUUCGAUUUCUUGAAAGGCAUGGCAUUCCUUAUCAUUGUUUAAGUACAACAAAGGAAGAUAAAAGAGAAGGGGAGAUAUUGGAGUUGGUUCAAAAUACUAAUUUUUUAAUACUUGCAAGGUAUAUGCAGAUAUUAUCCAGAAACUUCCUAAGGAGCUAUGGUAAUGAUGUAAUUAACAUUCACCAUGGCCUUUUGCCAUCAUUCAAGGGGGGUCAUCCAUCAAAACAGGCCUUUGAAGCAGGUGUUAAAUUAAUAGGUGCAACAAGUCACUUUGUGACAGAAGAACUUGAUGAAGGACCUAUAAUUGAACAAAUGGUCGAGAGAGUUUCUCACAGAGAUAACUUGCAAAGCUUUGUGCAGAAAUCAGAGAACCUCGAGAAACAAUGCCUUCGCAGUGCUAUAAGAUCAUAUUGUGAGCUUCGUGUAUUACCUUAUGAAGAAAAGAAGACUGUUGUGUUCUGAAUGAAAAUAGCAAAUGCAGAUUAUAAUGCACCAAAAGAGUUGUGGCUGCAUUUGCCUAUAUUGUUUACUUGUAAAGUUUACAAUAUAAUACCCACUUUGAUUGCAACUUGCAAAAAAGUGAAAUAUAGAAAGAAAAAAAAAGGAUGUUGAUUCA